AUGUCGGGUCUGCCAAAUAGGGCGGAUGACCCGAUAAAUGGAGUCGAUGUACGGGAGCAAGGAAGCGCUUUGAGGGUCGCUACUAAUACGCCUCACCUGGUGAGCCUCGGCACCGGGAGACUCAGCACGGCUGUCACGCUACAUCCCAUCAAACAAGGUCGUGUAACCAUAGGUUCGGAUCCGACCUGCGACAUUUACGUUGUAGGUACGGGCGUGUCCAACGUACAUUGUCGCGUAGAGAACUCACACGACGUAGUCACGUUGUACCCCAUAAGCGGUACAACGUUACUUGAUGGCUUACCAGUUGAAAAACCUACGAGACUAUCACAAGGUUCAAUGCUAACGAUAGGUAGAUCAAACUACCUUCGUUUCAAUCACCCUGAGGAAGCGAAGCUCAUGAAAUCCGUUCUUCCUUCAUCCCACGUAUCAAUGGCUCCGAUACAAUUCACACCCAACGAACAAUGUUUACCAACCGGUUACGAGAAUCACAAUCCCGACUCAAGCAACCAAUGUUACCAGAAUGUUCACAGAAUAUACAAAAACAACUCUCUGACACAGCUAGAUCGAGAACUAGAUGUUACAUUACGGGAAAUGUCUAGACACAAACCUCCAGUUGUGCCUAGAAAGAAUAAAGAUCUAGACACUUCAGAUACGAAUUCAGACCAAGAAACAAAACCAAAAGCCGGCAGCAUCAUGGCUAAAGUGUCCAAAUUCGAAUACUACGCUAAACAACAGAAAAAUAACAGCAAAACUCACUUUUAUGCCAACGAUAAUGAAAUAUCACCAAAAGUAUUCAGUUCAAAUUCAUUAACAGUUAAUACGCCAGCAAAAGAUGUGCUAGGAGGAAGAAAUAUACCGGUGUACAUGAACAAAGUGGUCGAUCAGAAUUUUAUUGUACUCAAUGAGAAUAAUGUGGACCAAAAAAAUAUGUCCAAGAGUCGAAAAAUCGAUGAUAUUCUAAGAAAUUUCGAUGAUACGUCCAAAUUACCCAAAAAAAUCAAUAAUGAGUCCAAAGAUCAUAUAUAUGGGAGAAUUAAUGUUGAUAGGAAGGAAGCUAAAUUAUCGAGUGAUGUGAGGCAGCUAAAUAUGGAUAGUGAUUACGGGAGGCUGUGCGGGAUUGGGAAAGUUGUGUGUUUGUCUUCGCCGUCAUAUGAUAGAAACCCGCAGUAUUCACCAGUAUACGCGAAUACACAUUACGAGAGAAGCCUGGAGGCGGAACAUAUGAGAGCUAAGGCUCAUCAAGACAGAGUGAAAGAGGAAGAACAAAAAGUGGCUGAAACAGCGCGUUUAGAAGAAAUACUCAAUAUGUGUGCCGAGUAUGAAAAACAGAUAACUUCUGGGGUGCCAAUAACGCCUACUGAGAAAAGAUCACACAAUAAGAUUAUAACUAACGGCUCGCUCCCGAGAAGUGUUACAGUCAACAACCCUAACUUCGUGCAAACAACCGAUGGUUACUAUAGGCAAGUCCAAAGAAAUGUAUCUAGUUACGAGAAUUUUGAAUCGCCGAGAAUCGAACCCAUGACACCGGUUGUAAGCACAGAGAAUUACGAGAAUGUAGGUCGUAUGGACGAAAUCGGUAUACCUCUAUACGAAGAUGUUAACAACGAAUUAUCUAGCCCGGUUAUGAUAAGGAAACUCAGUCAGAAUACGUCACCGAUAAACAGCCCAUAUGAAAAUGUUUACUUGAAGAAUAACAUGGGCCUAAAACCUAAAUCACCAAACACACAAAGCCCUAGAACAAGAAUAAAAACUUGUUUCGCACACAAAAACCUAACAUCACCACAAUAUUUCAUUUUCCCACCUAAAGACGGUAAAAUGGAAGAAGUUCUUAACGAAACAGCUAGUAACUGUAACGGUAUAGAAAAAAAAUUGAGCUUAGAAGAUGAAAUACCAAUGAUAGAUGAUUUGGAUAUCACAAAUGACAUAGAAUUAAGACAUUCCAAGAUUGACAAAGAAGACAAACAAAUGACCAAAAACAAAAGCUUCGAUGACGUGAAAAAAGAAUUAAUGGCUGAUAUACCAGAAUUGGAAGAAUUUGAGAACGAUAUUAACAAAAGGGACCAAAUACAGAAUAUAACGGAAAAUUUCAAAUCUAUAGAUAUAGAAGAGAAUUCUAUAGAUAGUGUUCUCUAUGAGAGUGCUGAGGAUUUGAAGUCUAGAUACGAAAACUUGAAGGAAGAAAGACGGAAAUUGAUGACGCAGAUACAUGAGGUGAAGAAUAAAAUGACUGAUAUACGGACACAGGAAGACGAUAUACUUAGAGAGUUGGAAAUGGAAAAAGCUUUAAUUAAAGGCGAAUACGAUUCAGAGAUAGCGAUACUUAAUAUAGAACAGAAGAAGAAGACAGAAUUACAAGAUAAUAUUAAGAAGAUUGAAGAAGAUAUAAGACUUUUGAAGGAAAAACAAGAAACUCGACAGAACGAAAUGAAAGAUAGAGUUGAUAUCGCUACUAUGAAAGUUGAGAAGUUAGAAAUGGAUUUGAAAGAGAACAAGGCAACCUUAGAAGAACUUCAGAAUGCUCAAGAUAUAUUGGACAAUGAAACUAGGAUAUACGAAGACUUGGAAUUCACGCAGCUCGAAGAAGAAUCAGAAUUGCUCUCGAAUAGAGAAGACAUACAGAACGAAUUAAGUUUAUUGAUAAAAAAAAUUGAUGCCCAAAAAACUAGAAUACUAACAUUGAAAUCUGAAGCCAACGAAAACCUUACGUCUGCUGUCGAAGAAACUAAAGUAUUACAAGCGGAAUACGUUAAACUAUUAAACCAAGUGGAACAUUUAACUGGGAAAAUACAAAUAAUAGAGCAGGAAUUAAAACCUAUAGUUACCAGACUAAAUGAAGACCGAACUCAGUCCCCAGAUAGUGCUUUCUAUACAGACCAAACGCGAGCAAAGUCGGGGGAAUUCGGCUACUCACCGCAAACAUCAGACGAUGAUGAUUUGAUCGAUCACACGAAACAAUUAAAAGAAAAAUUCACUACCAUCGAUCAAAUGUCUCAAUCUAUGAUAGUAGAUAUAGAAAGACGAGUCGCUGAUAUAGACGAACCAAAAUUAAAAGAAAAGAAAGGAUUUUGGGAAAGAAACUUUGAUUCGCUGAAACGAAAAAAGAAAAAACCUGAUAAAAUAGACAUAAUGUCGCAAAGUCUGAACGAAAAUAUGUUCUACAACGAUAACAUAGAAGCAGAUGUAAGUAUUAAAAACUCGAAACGAAAGAACGUACCGAUAAAAAGCAAUUCGUCAUCAAAAAUACCGACAUUCGCAGCGCUAGGGAAGAUCAUUAAAAAGGAUUCGCUGAAACGAAAAGAAAUACAGAACAAAGAGAAUAAACCUGACGAAACAAGAUAUAUAAAGAACAACAAGAAUAUAGACAAUAAGUACAAAUCAAAAUCACUAUCACCCGAUAAGAAAGAAGAAAAUACAUUAAAAGUUGAAAAUAUAAAAGUAUUGCAUAGAAAGAGUUGUGGAGAUGAACCAAAUCUCCAAAAAAUUACGGAUUCUUUAAAAAUUCCUUCCCAAGAUGAUAUUGAUAGAAUCUCAAAAGUCACUAUCGACGCGCCAAUACUACCGAGUGAUACGGAUUUAAAUACACUUGGUAAAAGAACUUUGGAUAGUCUUAUGGAAAUUGAAAGAAAAAGAAUUGAAAUGCUCGAAGAAAGAGGCUGUGAAAUGAUCGAAAACGAACGAGAGAAAAUAUCCGAAUUAAAGAAGCGAGUACAAGACGAAACCAAGAAGCUAUGGGACCAACGCGCCAAGGACCACAAGUCUGACACGCGUCAGUCACCUGUCAGCUUGACAGCUGUCAGCUUGACGCCUGUCAGCGAAGCUGUCAGCAUGACACCUGUCAACGUGACGCCCGCCCCCCUGACGUCAGAGUUUGACAGCGCGGACAGCACGUUCGGAAACGAGGACGUCAGUUUUGACUUUAACAUGACCAGCUCUACAAUAUAUGAGGAGAGUUCUGGUUUCCUGUCUUCGUCAAUAGAAGAGCUACAAGUACGUAACUCUCGCACCGAAUCAACAGAAGAAGACCGGCGUAGCGAUGACAGCAGGCCACUCAGUCACGCUUCAGACUUCAGCAGAGAUAUACUGUCGAACGCACCGCGCCGCAGUCGCCGCGGUGUCAGUGUAUCAGCUGAAUGGAGGAGACCACUCACCAGGUACCUGCCUGUUGAUAGAGAGGACUUUGAUCUACGGACACACGUCGAGUCCGCUGGUCACCAGAUCGAGCUGUGCCCCUACGUGAGCGUAUCGUCUAGUUCAUGUCGCGGAUAUUUACACAAACUGGGGGCGAAGUUCCACACCUGGUCCAAAAGGUGGUUUGUUUUCGAUAGGGAAUCGAAAACAUUCGUUUACUACUGGGAUAAAAGUGAGCGGAAACCGAGAGGAGGAGCUUACUUCCAAGUAAUAGAAGAAGUAUAUCUAGACCAUGGGAAUACUUCCAAGUCCCCGAGCCCUCAAACCACAUUCAUAGUAAAGACAAAACAAAGACGUUAUUACCUCAUGGCGCCAUCUGGUGAAGCAGCGAGGAUAUGGAUAGAUGUCAUAUUUACCGGCGCUCAGGGUUAUACUGAGUAUUUGGAGUAG